CUGUCAGUGCGCCUGCGCGUCGGGCCAGGCGCGGCGAUUCUUGACUUUGCUGCGCCGGGCGCUGGGUGUCAGUCACCAUGCAGCGAGCGGAAUCCGAGCAGCCCUCUAAGCGCCCCCGGUGCGAAGGCAGCCCCAGAAGCCCUCCGCACACCCCUUCCGCGGCGGCGGAGAAUGCUCCGGACCCCGAGCUCAACCCUGACCGUCGUACCUGGGGCCCAGAGCAAGUCUGCGAGUUCCUCCGGAGCAAGGGCUUCGAUGAUCCCGGGCUUCUGGAGCGCUUCAGAGAAAAUAAAAUCACAGGUUCAGUACUGCCCUAUCUUGAUGAGUCUCUUCUUGAAAAUCUUGGAGUAAGUUCUUUGGGGGAGAGAAAGAAGCUGAUGUAUUAUAUUCAACAACUGAAUCAAUCUCAUAUGGAAACAAUGAAGGUAAUGAAUGACCCUAUCCAUGGCCACAUUGAACUCCAUCCUCUCCUCAUCAAAAUCAUUGACACACCUCAAUUUCAACGGCUUCGAUAUAUUAAGCAGCUGGGAGGCGGUUACUAUGUUUUUCCAGGAGCUUCACACAAUCGAUUUGAGCAUAGCCUAGGUGUAGGGUAUCUAGCAGGAUGCCUGGUUCGGGCACUGCAUGAGAAACAGCCAGAGCUGCAGAUAAGUGAACGAGACAUGCUCUGUGUUCAGAUAGCUGGUCUUUGUCAUGAUCUUGGUCAUGGACCUUUUUCUCAUAUGUAUGAUGGAAGAUUUAUUCCACUUGCUCGCCCAGAUGUGAAAUGGACGCAUGAGAAGGGUUCAGUAGAUAUGUUUGAGUACUUGGUUAACUCAAAUGGACUCAGAAAUGUUAUGGAACAGUAUGGUCUUGUCCCCGAAGAAGAUAUUUGUUUUAUCAAGGAACAGAUUACAGGACCAUGUGGAUCACCGAUCAAAAAGUCUUUGUGGCCAUAUGAAGGGCGGCCUAAGGAGAAAAGCUUCCUUUAUGAAAUAGUGGCUAACAAAAGAAAUGGCAUUGAUGUGGACAAAUGGGAUUAUUUUGCCAGGGACUGCCAUCAUCUUGGAAUCCAAAAUAAUUUUGAUUACAAGCGUUUUAUUAAGUUUGCUCGUGUCUGUGAAGUAGAUAAUACGAAGCAUAUUUGUACAAGAGAAAAGGAAGUUGGGAAUCUGUAUGAUAUGUUCCACACCCGCAACUGUUUGCAUCGUAGGGCUUAUCAACACAAAGUUGGCAACAUCAUUGAUAGAAUGAUUACAGAUGCUUUCCUCAAAGCAGACCCCUACAUAGAGAUUACAGGCUCUAAAGGAAAAAAGUACCAUAUCUCUACAGCAAUUGAUGACAUGGAAGCCUACACCAGGCUAACAGAUAACAUUUUUUUGGAGAUUCUCUACUCUACUGACGCCAAAUUGGACGAAGCACGUGAGAUCUUAAAAAAAAUUGAGUGCCGUAAAUUAUAUAAGUAUGUCGGUGAAACUCAACCAACAGAAGAAGGAAAGAUUACAAGGGUUAUCACCAUGGAUUAUGGAAUGGAAGACAAGAAUCCAAUUGAUAAUGUUCGCUUCUAUUGUAAGAGUGAUCCCGGGAAAGCAAUCAGGAUUACCAAAAACCAGGUUUCACAGCUUUUGCCAGAGAAAUUUGCAGAACAGUUAAUUCGAGUAUACUGUAAGAAAACAGACAAAAAGAGUUUGUUUGCUGCAAGUCAACAUUUCGUGUAUUGGUGCUUACUAAGAAAAUUCACCAAACCACAGGAUGGAGAUGUUGUAGCUCCACUUAUAACACCUCAAAAAAAGGAAUGGAAUUAUGCAAAUUCAGCACAGAGUCCAGCUCACAUCCGAGAAGCAGCCAAAAAGCUUUUUAAAGAUAAAGAUAAGAGGGUAUGAAUGUCUUCAAAAAGUCCUCUCUCCUCUUCGCCCAACACAAUUAGUUUAGGAAAUUCAAUCAUAGAUGUCCACAAAUGUAGUUAGCCACUAGUGAUUUUUAUUUUACACUUUGAAUGUAUUUAUGUGCUAACGGUAAGAAAUUUUUAUUCUGGGCGGAGGGUAGAUAGCAUAAUAGUUAUGCAAAUGAACUCUCAUACCUGAGGCUCUGAGGUCUCAGGUUCAUUCCCUUGCACCACAAGCCAGAGCUGAGUACAAUCCUCUGGUAACAAAAAAAAGAAAAGAAAUUUUCAUCCAAAGGGAAAAGAGUUAUUAAGCAAAUCUUGCUAUACAUGCUAUGAAAAACAUUACCUUGCCUAUUUUUUUAAUAUUAAGUAAAGUAAUAGUCUUUUCUUAGAAUAAGAAUCACUUUGUUACUCUUAACACAUGACAUAUGAUUGUUUAUUAUUAUUGGAACUGAGACAGGGGUACACACUGGAAUUUGCCACAGUCAUUAAAAAGGAAAAAAAAAAUCAUAGCCACCAAAUCUGAGAAUAAUUAGCAAGUGACUUAAUCAUUAGAGGGAGAUAUCUUCCCUUACCCUUUUAGCCUUAAUCAACUGCCAGGUUGGGGUAAACAGUAAGUAAGGCUCCAGUUCUUUGACUGAUCUAUUAAGGAAUCUGAGGACUCUGACCUCUGAAACAGAAUAUAAAACUAUUUUGUUAGCAGGCUUCCUACUCCCAGUAUGGAGUUAUUCCCCAAACCAGACAGUACUCAGGCUCAGUGCUGUCUCUAGACCCAGGCAGUUUCUUCCUUACAUACUCAUUGCUUGUGUCCUAAGUAUUAUGCCCAGAGAAGGAGGCUACCCUCCUAUCUGCUUUCUGCAUCUCCCUUAUCAGAGGUCAUCAUAGGAGCCAUGAUUGACUUCUUCUUCUUCUAGUGUUUGCCCUUCUUCCGUAGCCAGUCAACAGGUCAGGUUGAAAGCUGUCAGGAGCUGCUUGUUGCUGGCUUUGAAAGUGACUGGGAUCCAUGUGGAUUCAGCCGGCUAGGAAGGAUUGUCAGUUUCCCCAAUGAAUGGGUACUCACGGGAUGCACCACAAGAAGGUCGAUCCAAUGCAUCCCAAUGAUUGACUAAUUCUUUGAUUUUGCUGUUCCAUGCAUCUUAUGGGUCUCAGAGCAAAAACUGAAAUGCUUGUGCUAAAAUGAAUAAUUACCAGGUAAAUUCUAGGUUCCCCUUUAUAACUUGAUGCUUCCAGCACUUUUUGCCAUACAGCAGCAGAAUAGUCACUACUGUAGUUGAGUGAUGUGCACUUUUCUCCCCAACACACACAUCUACGCUUCUACGGAACUUCACCAAGAACAAAGUCAGAAAUCAAAGCCAGUGGUGGCUAGAGAGUCCUGAAAAUACAAGACAGUGGGUAAUGGAAGUCAUGAACUCCUAAAAUGUUGUGCCUUACUCUCCCUUACAAAAAAAACCUCCCUAGCAGGUGGGGUAUACAGAACCAGCCCUGGCUUUGGGCAAAAAUAAGUGGAGGAAGGGGCACUGAGACCUCAGGACAGCAGGUAAUCCAUCAUCUGCUAUGUAGCUAAGUUCUGUACUGUGGGCAUUAGAGUAAAAGUGUCUGGAGUGUCUGCCAUUCUGUGUACACACACAUACAAUCCUUUAGUACAUGAUCAGUAAGUAGUUGAUUCUAGUUCAUAAAAUAAUGGUUAAAAAAUUACUUUCUUUAAUCCCUCCCUACUGUGGUGCUACAUGAAUAAGGAUGUAUUCACAUGUAGGCUCAUAAAAGCACAAGUGAAGUCAACCAUUGAAUCUGGAUUGAAUGUCAAAUACUCAGUGUGGAGAAACUAUUUGUCCAGGAGCCCAAGGUCAAGAAUAUAAUGUUUUUAUGCUAAAGUUGUUUUAUUUUUGCAGCUCCUGCCUUUAAAUCAUUGUGGUUUACUAUGGAAUUUGUUGUACCUGUAUUGUAUCAUGCUAUGUGAACAGCAACUUAAUUCUGUUUGAUUUUAUUCUUGUGUUAUUUAUAAGGAAGCUGUACUUUAUGCUCUUUUUAACUGUUUUAAUUAUGGAAACCUUGUGCCACUUACAAGGUUAAAUUUUUCUAAAACACCUUCACUUAUUUGCAUAAAAAUUGAGACUUUUAACAGCUUAGUCUCUAGAAGUACUGAGUUUUGUCACCUUGAGAAUGUAAAUAGACCUGCAAGUUAAAAUGACUAAUUUCUUCAUUUGGGUGUGGAAGCAGUGCUGCAGUAAAGCUUCAUGAAUGUAUCUCCUUUUUGAAAUUAAAGAUUCCUUGAUGAAUUUC